AUGGCCCUUCGCGCCUCCUUCGAGGCCUCACACGAAAUCGGCGUUUUCGCGACCCUCACCAACUCCUACUGCCUCCUCGCCCUCGGCACCUCAACCAACUUCCACUCCGUCUUCGAAGCCGAAUUGGCCGACCUCAUCCCACUUGUGCCUUGCACAAUCGCUGGCACGCGCAUCGUUGGGCGACUGACUGCGGGCAACAAGAAUGGCUUGUUGGUUCCUACAACGACGACAGAUCAAGAACUACAGCAUCUGAGGAAUAGCUUACCAGAAAAGGUCACCGUCAAGCGGGUCGAGGAGCGGUUGUCGGCGCUGGGCAAUGUGAUUGUCAGCAAUGAUCAUGUCGCAUUGGUGCACCCGGAUCUGGAGAGGGAGACGGAGGAGAUUAUAGCGGACACAUUAGGUGUGGAGGUAUUCAGGCAGACGAUCGCGGGCAACGUGCUUACUGGCAGCUACAUGAGUCUGUCAAAUCAAGGUGGGCUGGUGCAUCCCAAGACGAGCAUACAGGAUCAAGAUGAGCUGUCCAGUUUGCUACAGGUGCCGCUGGUCGCAGGAAGUGUCAAUCGGGGCAGUCCAGUCGUCGGCGGCGGCAUGGUUGUAAACGACUGGCUAGGUGUAUGUGGAAUGGACACGACGGCGACCGAACUGAGUGUUGUAGAGAGUGUGUUCAGGUUGGGCGAAGGGAAUAUGCCCGCGGGCGUGGGAGAAGCGGGUGCGGAUCUCGAGAAGAGGAUGCAAGGCAAGAAGGAGGGCAUUGUCGAGAGCUUUUACUGA